GGCCGAGUGGCGGCUGCAGCUGCGGCGGCAGCGAGCGGGUGGCACUCCGGCCGAGCCAUGCCGGCGGCGCGCGUGGAGUACAUUGCGCCCUGGUGGGUCGUGUGGCUGCACAGCGUCCCACGCCUCGGCCUGCGCCUGCAGCCGGUAGACAGCACCUUCAGCCCCAACGACGAGAGUUACCAGGAGUCGCUGCUGUUCCUGGGGUUGGUGGCCGCCGUCUGCCUGGGCCUGAACCUCCUCUUCCUCGUGGCUUACCUGGUCUGCGUGUGCUGCUGCAGGCGGGAUGAUGCGGUGCAGACCAAGCAGCGCCACUCCUGCUGUGUCACCUGGACAGCGGUGGUGGCCGGGCUCGUCUGCUGUGCUGCAGUGGGUGUUGGUUUCUAUGGAAACAGCGAGACCAACGAUGGGGUGUACCAGCUGGUCUACUCCUUGGACGACGCAAACCACACCUUCUCUGGGAUCGAUGCUCUGGUUUCUGGAACCACCCAGAAGAUGAAGGUGGACCUAGAGCAGCACCUGGCCCGGCUCAGUGAGAUCUUUGCUGCCCGGGGGGAUUACAUGCAGACUCUGAAGUUCGUGCAGCAGAUGGCAGACAACAUCGUUGUCCAGCUCUCAGGACUGCCCGUGUGGAGGGAGGCCACCACAGAGCUGACCGAGCUGUCCGACCAGACUGCCUACGUGGAGUACUACAGGUGGCUCUCCUACCUCCUGCUCUUCAUCCUGGACCUGGUCAUCUGCCUCAUCGCCUGCCUGGGACUGGCCAAGCGCUCCAAGUGCCUCCUGGUCUCGAUGCUGUGCUGUGGGGUGCUGAGCCUGUUCCUCAGCUGGGCGUCCCUGGCCGCGGACGCUGCUGCAGCGGUGGGCACCAGUGACUUCUGCGCAGCCCCUGACACCUUCGUCCUGAACGUCACGCAGGGCCACAUCAGCACAGAGGUGACCCGCUACUACCUGUAUUGCAGUCAGCGUGGAAGCAGCCCCUUCCAGCAGACGCUGACCGUCUUCCAGCGCUCGCUGACCACCAUGCAGAUCCAGGUCUCGGGGCUGCUGCAGUUCGCCGUGUCCCUCUUCCCCACCGCAGAGAAAGAUCUGCUCGGAGUCCAGCUCCUGUUGAACUCGUCGGAGUCCAGCCUCCACCAGCUGACAGCCAUGCUGGACUGCCGGGGGCUGCACAAGGACUACCUGGACGCCCUCGCCGGCAUCUGCUACGACGGCCUCGAGGGCUUGCUCUACCUCGGCCUCUUCUCCCUCCUGGCGGCCUUCGCUUUCUCCACCAUGAUCUGCGCGGGGCCACAGGCCUGGAAGCACUUUACCACCAGAAACAGAGACUAUGACGACAUCGACGAUGAGGACCCCUUUAACCCACAAGCACGGCGCAUCGCAGCCCACAACCCCCCAAGGGGGCAGCUUCGCAGCUUCUGCAGCUACAGCAGCGGCCUGGGCAGCCAGACCAGCCUGCAGCCCCCGGCCCAGACGAUCUCCAACGCCCCCGUCUCUGAGUACAUGAACCAAGCCAUGCUUUUUGGUGGGAACCCACGCUACGAGAACGUGCCGCUCAUCGGGAGAGGCUCCCCUCCGCCUACGUACUCUCCGAGCAUGAGGGCCACCUACCUGUCCGUGGCGGAUGAACACCUGAGGCACUACGGGAAUGAGUUUCCAGCCUAACAGACUUUCAGGGGUUCCUGCCUCCGUUUUCCAUUUUGGUUUUUAAUUAAUGCAAAUACAAGAUGCGUUUCUUUAAU